GCAGAUUUCUGCAAGAAGGCGGAUCACAUCUUUAUUGAAGCCAACAGGAGCGGUCAGUUUACUGAGCGGUUGUACUGACGGCUGUGUAGGAGGCGUUGAAAGGGUUGAUUUCGAGGUCCAGAGUGCCCAGGUAAACAGAUUCGAGACUAAAUACUACGUCUCUGCUAGUCUUCACCCUUUGAGGAAGGCGAAAUGGAGCACCGCAUAUCCUGUCUGUGUGCCCAAGUGACACAGCAGGUGCUGCUCGAGCCGACCAACAACGCACUGAACCUCUGCCACUGUACGGCAUGUCGGACGGUUUCCGGGCAGAUUUAUGCUUCUUACUACCUCCUCCAAAUGGAGCCACGGCUUGAGAAUCUUGAGAUAUAUCGACAGUCAGACUUGCUGUGCCGUUACUUUUGUGGGACCUGUGGUUCGCACGUCUUUGCCCAUGCUAUACAUACGGGGCGCUUUCUCGUCGCGUCGGGGCUAGUGGAUAGCCCACCACAGACUGAGAGCAUCCAGCACUGGGUCGUUGGAGAUACCCAAGACGGCGGCCUGUCAUACUACCUGCCUGGCGACGUCGGCAAAGCAGAUGUGUCAUGCUGGGUCUCCCAAUCUAAUCGUCAAACUGCAGCUGCAAAGACCGAAACAGACAACGCUCGGCUUCUGGCUGGGUGCCACUGCGGAGGUAUAGAGUUCUAUAUAACUCGACCGGACUCAGCCUCCGAGGAACCAUGGUCCGAUUGGUCGGAUAUCCUCGUCCCUUAUCAUUCAGAAGCCUCUGCGGAAAACGAGGAGGAUGUCAAGUGGUGGCUAUGCGCCGGGAAGACCAAGUACCUAGCGGGGACUUGCGCCUGUCGAACAUGUCGCCUGGCCAGCGGUUUCCCUAUUCAAACCUGGGCCUUUGUUCCGAAAUCCAACAUCUUGACCGCGCAAAAUUCAGAACUGGCUUUCGGCGCCGGUACAAUGAAGCGUUAUGAGAGUUCGCCCCAGAUCUACCGAGAGUUCUGUAGCCGAUGUGGAGCUUCUGUGUUCUGGCACUGCGAGAAGAGGCCACUACUGAUCGAUGUAAGCGUCGGCCUUCUUCGUGCGGAGAGUGGUUCUAGAGCCGAAGAGUGGCUUGAAUGGGCUACAGGGCGAACCAGCUUUGCCGAGAUGGCAGUAGACAAGUCGCUGAUCCAGCGACUAGAAGCAGGGUUGGCGGAAUCAUGUAGCAAGUAACUUCACCGAACAAUGGCAUUCCGUGGA